CUGGUCCGGCCCCGCCCCUCCGGGCCCAUCCCCGGGGCGGUGCUAACCCUGGCCCGCCCCCGGACGGCACUUCCGGCGCGGCGGAAUUCCGGGUGUGGGAGCGGUGACUGGUGGAUGAUAAGUGUGGUCCUGGCGGAGGCCCCAUGAGCGCGGCGCCCCUGGUGGGCUACAGCAGCAGCGGCUCUGAAGAUGAGGCCGAGGCCGAGGCCGGGAUCCGGGCCCGGUCGGCGACAGGAGGCCGCCGCUGUGACCAGAGCCCCCUUCUUAGCCAGAGGUUGCCAGUACCAGACAGUGUGCUGCACAUGUUCCCGGGCACCGAGGAAGGGCCUGAGGAUGACAGUGCAAAACAUGGGGGCCGGGUGCGCACCUUCCCCCAUGAGCGGGGCAACUGGGCCACCCAUGUCUACGUACCUUAUGAAGCCAGGGAGGACUUCCUGGACCUGCUGGACAUCCUGCUGCUCCACGCCCAGACGUACACCCCCCAGCUGGUAAGGAUGGAGGCAUUCCACCUCAGCCUCUCCCAGAGCGUGGUUCUGCGUCAUCACUGGAUCCUCCCCUUCGUGCAGGCUCUGAAAGACCGCGUGGCCUCCAUCCAGAGAUUCUGCUUUACUGCCAACCGGGUAAAGAUUUAUACCAAUCAAGAGAAAACCAGGACCUUUGUUGGGCUCGAGGUCACCUCAGGGCAUGCCCAGUUCCUGGACCUGGUUUCAGAGGUAGACAAAGUCAUGGAGGAAUUUGACCUCACCACUUUCUACCAGGACCCUUCAUUCCACAUCAGUCUGGCCUGGUGCGUGGGUGAUGCACGUCUCCAGCUAGAAGGGCAGCGCCUGCAGGAACUGCAGGAAAUUGUGGAUGAGUUUGAAGACUCUGAGAUGUUGCUGCGUGUGCACGCUGAGCAGAUCCAUUGCAAAUCUGGGAACAAGUUCUUCUCGAUGCCUUUGAAGUGAGCACCAGAGGCCCUCGUUGUCCCAGGCCCCUCUGCAGGCCAGGCAGAGAUGGAGGAGCCUGCUCAGAUCUAUAGGGACGCUGCCAGCCUCCUGCUGGGGGGCCUGGUGGGAGGUGCGGCUGUUCCUGGUUCCCUCCGGCCCAUUUGGGGUUAUGGGUCAGCUGCUGCCCUGUUGUGCUCAUUCCCAGGAAUCACCAGUAGAGGGCAACUUGGGCUCCUAGUUCUAGGUCAGUGGUUGUUAUGCAAAAAUUUUUAAAAAUGGGGUCACGGGGUGAGCCCACCCAUACUCCCCCAGAAUCUCUACUGCAGUACUUCCAAAAAACUUCCCUACUCCUCCUACCUCUUCAGUGUUUGCAUUUUGAUGCCACUGGCCUCAGACUAGGGAUUUUUUUAAACCAUCUUGCUCUAUCAUCCCUACUCAGGCCAGGACAUAGGGUGCUUCAACGAGCCUGUCACCCUCCCUCCUUGAAGCGCGUCACUUUUGUCUAUUUAUUUUUAGUCUCACCCCUUCCUAUGCCAGCAGAGGCCAUUUCAGGGCCAAGGUACGGGGUGCUAAUUUGUGGUUCCCCAUCUGUUUUCUCCAUUCCUCCCUCCCACUCACCCCAGCCAGGUGCCUGGGGAGACUUGAGCAGAUGUUUCAUUUUGGCCUGGCUGGUGGCUUAAAGCCAGGCCUCCAACGCUCUGUGACCUCUGGUUUCCCAUCAGCUUUCCCAGAGAAGCCGAGAGGCGCCUUCCCCAAAGUCCUCUUUCCGCCUGCUGGGGCCUGUGGGCACUCAGGAGGAGCCCAGAGGCAGGGCCAGGGGUUGCACAGGGGUUUUAUUUUUGAUCAGGUCCCCACUAGGGCAAAGGACCAUUCCUCUCCAGUUGCCAUCUAGAUUUCUGGUGACCAAUGAAGAUAAGAAAAAUAACAUUUUUUAUGUUAUAGGUUUAAGUGAUGUUCAACAAAUAAAAA